UCACUUACCGCUAGAGGCAAUAUUUUUCUUUGCAUCUUCCCUGAGGUGUCCAUGAAAAAUAUUACUUCAUGCGAAACUGAUAUAAUUAGACGACAGAAACCCGGCGAGGUGUGUCAUUUGAAAUUAAACCGCAGGCUGUACUGAGUGUGUAAAUUUUGCAAAUGCAAUUCGUGUCUAUACUAGGUAUCAAAACUAAACACAAAGUUUGAUUCAUAUCAUUUUAGCCACAAGUUGUUUUGAAACUGACCCAGUGACAAUGAUGGGAUAACAAGUAGUAAAAUCUGACAAACCUAAGCAAUAAAGUGUUCCAGAACAGAUUGAAAUUCAGAAACCCUUAUAUAACAACUAAAGAACAAAAAUGGAUCUGUUAGACGAUCGAGGUAUCCUGUACAUAAUAGCGGAUUUGCUUUCGCUCUUCACGGUUGCUUCCUGUUUGUUCUGCAAGGUGCCGCAAAUUCAAACCGUACGGAAGCUGCACUCCGCUACGGGACUAUCAUUAAGUGCGUUGCUAAUGGAGCUUUGCAGCUACACGGUGACGAUGCUGUACAACUUCACCAAUCGGUAUGCCCUUCUGUCAUACAUGGAGUAUCCUGUUCUACUAAUUCAGGAAUACGUGUUGGUGUAUGUAGUACUCAAAUAUAAAAACCUUUUGAACCAGACGUCUUAUAUUUGGUCCGCAGUUUAUUUGGUGGUGUUUGUCGGAUUUGCCACCGAAAUUAUUCCUGGGAGUUUGCUGAUGAUGCUUGUGCCGUUCACGACACCAGUUGGCGCUACCAGCAAAGUCAUGCAGCUUGUAGCCAUACUACGAACGAAAGAUUCUCAAUCAGUUAGCUUGAUAACCUGGGGCAUUUCCGCAGUUACUAAUUCAACUCGCAUUUACACCAUCCUACUCGACUCCGGCGACAAAAUGUUGCUGGCCAAUUUUGGAAUAUCUUCUGUUCUAAGCGCAUCGGUACUGCUAGCGGCUUGGUACUACAAGAAACCAAAACAGGAAUAAUACGAGCGGCGGUGUGGUGAUGUAACCUACAUCCACUGGUUUCCAAUUGCGAUUGCUCGUUUCAAAUAACAACAGUCACACUAAUUUUAUGUGUAAACGCCUAUAACGAGGCAGUAGCAUCAAUAAGACUACUAAUCUAGUCUGCACAUAGCAAGGAAUGUCAUAACAUAUUCUGCACAAGCUUUUUAUCCAAUAAUUUAGCUAAUUUGUUAGCUUUAGCAAACGAAAAAAGACAAAUAAAAGGAUGCUUUUUAAAUACGUAUAACGUAGCAAAGCAACUGUUUGUAUGCGCCCUGGUCUGGCAACAUAACCUGGCAAUUUGUCCAGUAUUGUAAGAAUCGGUUGUAAAAUCUGUCGAAAUAGAAGGUCCAUGAAUCGUCACGCUGAAGUUUUUCGACCGUACUACUUUCGAAAAUGCACGGAACCCAUGCUGCCAUCACAAAUUUUUCAGGAAUUGGACUUUGUAUUAGUAUAGGGGUGGGUUUAUUAUAAGGAGCUCCAUUCAACAAUGUUUCGAUUGCAAUACAGUGUAAAACGAAUAUUGCUUACCUUUUCUUUUGUAUUGAUACAUUCAUUAUUAAACAUGGUAAUAUUUACCUCCUCCAUCCUUUUGUGGAUACCAAUGAUUUUUUUUUCAAUGUGGAUGUUUUAUGUCUUAGCUUGUCUUCCCUUUUUUCACUACCUCAUCUUCACCGUUUGGUUCCUCUAAAGAACAAUAUAAUUACGAUAUUUAAUAUUUCCUCAAUUAUCGACAGCACACUUCCAAUCAUACUUCAACUGGCGCAUAUUUUCAAUUUUCAUUUUCAGUUGUCAUCUUUUGGCCACAGGGAUACCCUUAAAUUGUUUUGAGAUGCCAAGCUCGUUCCAACUUUGCUGAUUUCGUGUUGUACUCCAAUCGCAGCUGAAAGAAAAACUCAGCUCAAACUGAUGCCGAGUUUCUUCAGAGUGAACUGGAGAGCUUUAGAGCGUGCUGUCAUCUAAACAAAAUAGUUUUAAACCAGAGUAAAUGCUCAAUCGUUACGUUCACGCGGAAACGUCAUCCGACUCAGUUGAACUAUCAUUUCGUCGUGGAUAAGGCAUCAAGACAGCUUGGUUUCAUCUUCCAAAUAGCGAUAAACUUUAGAAAACCCACACCCUGGCAGACGUUCAUCCGCCCAUCUAGACUCUGUCAAGAUGAGGACCUACAAAGCAUUACCGUUCGUAUGUGCUAGUUCGUAUAGCACACCAGUUUCUUCCACAAGCAGGCGCCGGCUGUUAACCAGUCCCACACGUUUCAGAUACAUUACAUAGAGGAUAAUCGGAGGCAGAAAAGGAAGUGAUAGUAGAGAGAUUUUGGUUUGCUGAAACGAGACAAGAAAAGCAAAAGAAUUGUUAUUAGUAUCGUAGUUAUAAUAAAUGAGUAAACGAUUUCUCA